CUUCCGGUUCGCCAUGUCGGACUCAGAGAGUGAUGAGGAUCGCCCUUUCUCCCUCACUGGAUUCCUUUUCGGAAAUAUCAAUGAAGAUGGCCAGCUGGAGGAUGAUUCUGUGCUGGAUAAGGAAUCAAAGAAACAUCUGGCCGGGUUGGGUGCCCUAGGACUUGGCAAUCUGAUUACAGAGAUCACAUCCAGUGUAGAUGAAGCAGCAGAGACUGAAGGAGUCAGCCUGGAUGAGGAUGGCUGGGUCAAAAGUACCGAUGACGCAGUUGAUUACUCUGAUAUUAAUGAGGUUGCUGAGGAUGAGUCGCGCAGAUACAAACAAGCCAUGGGGACAUUGCACCUUAAUCGCCGAGCAGAUGAUGAUGACGACGAUGAUUAUGACGCUGACUGUGAAGAUAUUGAUUCCAAAUUGAUGCCACCGCCUCCACCUCCUCCAGUAACUGGGAAAAAGGACGAAGACAAAGGUGCAACAUCUACCGCUCCAGAGGAAGGAGAUGGGAUUAUUCUCCCUUCCAUUAUUGCACCAUCAUCUGCUGCUAUGGAUAAGGUAGAUUUCAGCAGUUCCUCAGAUUCUGAAUCUGAAAUAGGUCCACAAGAUAGAGGACAAGAUGAGGGAAAGGAGAGAAAGUUGACAUUGCCCCUUGCUGGCAUUAUGCAGAGGGACGCCACCAAAGAACUGCCCAGCGUUACACAGCUUUUCCCAGAGUUCAGGCCUGGCAAGGUCUUGCGAUUCCUUCGGCUUUUUGGACCUGGAAAGAAUGUCCUGUCCGUGUGGCGCAGUGCUCGGAGGAAACGGAGGAAAAAACAUAGAGAAAUGACGCAGGACAUACAAGCUAAAGAGGGUGAAGAGCCAGAAGCUGUGCCGGAAAAAAAAACUUGUUGGGAAAGUGAAUACGCUCCUCCACCUCCCCCAGAGCAGUGCCUGUCUGAUGAUGAGAUUACCAUGAUGGCUCCAGUAGAGUCCAAAUUCUCGCAGUCCACUGGUGACACCGAUAAAGUGGCGGACACCAAACCCAAAGUUGCGGAGUGGCGGUAUGGGCCAGCGCAGUUGUGGUAUGAUAUGCUUGGAGUCCCAGAAGAUGGAAGUGGAUUUGACUAUGGAUUUAAGUUAAAGGAGACGGGUGAUGAUGGUGAUGAUGAUGAUGAAAUGAAGGUUGAGGAGGAGAUUGAGGAAAAAAAGACAGAAACAGCAGAAGACACCCCAGCAGUAGACAACCAGUUUCAGGAUGAACACUUCCUCAUGGUGACACAGCUGCAAUGGGAAGAUGACGUCAUCUGGAAUGGGGAAGAUGUGAAGCACAAAGUGACUAAAACGCAGAGGGCCAGCUUAGCUGGAUGGCUUCCUUCCAGCAUGACCAGAAAUGCCACCGCUUACAAUGCACAGCAAGGGCUGAAUCGAAGUGGAUCUUUGUUAAACCUGCAGACACCUCUCGUGCAAAAACCAAAUCUGCCGGGUGUACUGAUCCCCCCUAAAGGGAAAGAAAAACACCCUCCAGAGCAGCAGGCAUCUGUAGAAGACGGCCGGCCGUGGUUUUCCAUUUUCCCCAUUGAUAAUGAAGAAUUGGUCUAUGGGCGAUGGGAAGAUUAUAUCAUCUGGGACGACCAAGCAAUGGACAUGAUCCUGGAACCUCCUGUGUUAACUCUAGACCCCAAUGAUGAAAACAUUAUUUUGGAAAUCCCGGAUGAAAAAGAAGAAACAACAUCAAAUUCUCCAUCUAAGGAAAGCAAGAAAGAAUCCUCAUUAAAGAAAAGUCGUAUAUUGUUAGGAAAAACUGGCGUUAUAAAGGAAGAACCACAGCAGAAUAUGUCACAGCCAGAAGUUAAGGACCCCUGGAAUUUAUCCAACGAUGAGUUUUAUUAUCCCAAACAGCAAGGAUUGAGAGGAACGUUUGGAGGAAAUAUCAUCCAGCACUCUAUUCCAGCUGUGGAGCUCAGACAGCCUUUCUUCCAAACUCACAUGGGGCCAAUGAAGCUAAGACAAUUCCAUCGGCCUCCUUUAAAAAAGUAUUCGUUUGGAGCUCUGUCGCAGCCAGGAUCUCACUCUGUUCAGCCUCUCUUAAAACAUAUAAAAAAGAAGGCGAAGAUGAGAGAGCAGGAACGUCAGGCCUCUGGUGGAGGCGAGAUGUUUUUUAUGCGCACUUCACAAGAUCUUACAGGCAAAGACGGUGAUCUUAUACUAGCAGAAUACAGUGAAGAGAAUCCCCCCUUAAUGAUGCAAGUUGGCAUGGCAACCAAGAUAAAGAAUUAUUACAAAAGGAAACCGGGGAAAGAUCCUGGAGCACCAGACUGCAAGUAUGGCGAGACUGUUUACUGUCACACCUCUCCCUUCUUGGGAUCCCUACAUCCAGGACAGUUACUGCAGGCCUUUGAAAACAAUCUCUUCAGGUCUCCAAUCUACUUGCACAAGGUGCCCGAUACGGACUUCCUGAUUAUCCGUACUCGACAGGGCUAUUAUAUUCGGGACCUGGUAGACAUUUUUGUGGUCGGGCAGCAGUGUCCUCUGUUUGAAGUACCGGGUCCUAACUCAAAACGUGCAAAUACCCACAUACGGGACUUCCUGCAGGUGUUUAUUUACCGCCUGUUUUGGAAAAGUAAAGACCGUCCUCGUAGGAUACGUAUGGAAGACAUCAAGAAGGCCUUCCCAUCCCAUUCUGAGAGUAGCAUCAGAAAAAGACUUAAGCUUUGUGCUGAUUUCAAAAGAACAGGAAUGGACUCUAAUUGGUGGGUGUUGAAGCCAGAUUUCCGAUUGCCAACUGAAGAGGAGAUUCGUGCGAUGGUAUCUCCAGAGCAGUGCUGCGCAUAUUACAGCAUGAUUGCAGCAGAACAGAGACUCAAGGAUGCCGGCUACGGGGAGAAAUCUUUUUUUGCUCCUGAUGAAGAAAAUGAGGAAGACUUCCAGAUGAAGAUUGAUGAUGAGGUGCGUACAGCUCCAUGGAACACUACUCGAGCCUUUAUCGCUGCUAUGAAAGGGAAGUGUCUACUUGAAGUAACAGGAGUGGCAGAUCCAACCGGAUGUGGAGAGGGCUUUUCCUACGUCAAGAUUCCUAACAAACCAACGCAACAAAAGCAAGAUGACAAAGAGCCUCAACCCGUGAAGAAAACUGUGACCGGAACCGAUGCAGAUCUUCGUAGACUUUCAUUGAAGAAUGCCAAACAACUUCUACGCAAAUUCGGUGUACCAGAGGAAGAGAUUAAGAAGUUGUCCAGAUGGGAAGUGAUUGAUGUUGUGCGAACAAUGUCCACAGAGCAGGCACGGUCCGGUGAGGGUCCAAUGAGUAAAUUUGCCAGAGGCUCUCGCUUUUCUGUGGCAGAACACCAGGAGAGAUAUAAAGAGGAAUGCCAGAGGAUCUUUGAUCUUCAGAAUAAAGUUCUAGAAUCUGCUGAAGUGUUGUCUACAGACACAGACAGUAGCUCUGCAGAAGACAGUGACUUUGAGGAGAUGGGAAAGAACAUCGAGAAUAUGCUACAGAACAAGAAAACCAGUUCUCAACUGUCCAGAGAGCGAGAAGAGCAGGAGAGAAAAGAGUUACAAAGAAUGCUAAUGGGAGAAGACAGUGGAAAUGAUAAAGACAGAAACAGAAAAGACAAAAAAGAUAGAAAGGGAUUUUCUACAGGGUCCGCAGCUUCAGGUGGGUCUCACAAGGACGAUGACACUGCUUCAGUGACUAGUCUAAAUUCUGCUGCAAGUGGCCGCAGGCUGAAAAUCUACCGCACAUUUAGAGAUGAAGAUGGGAAGGAAUAUGUACGAUGCGAGACUGUGCGCAAGCCUUCUGUUAUUGAUGCUUAUAGUCGAAUUCGCAGCACCAAAGAUGACGAGUUUAUCCGAAAAUUUGCACUCUUUGAUGAACAACAUCGCGAGGAAAUGAGAAAAGAGAGGAGAAGGAUCCAGGAACAGCUCCGUAGACUAAAGAGAAACCAAGAAAAGGAGAAACUUAGGGGUCCUCCGGAGAAGAAACCCAAGAAAGUUAGGGAACGCCCAGAUCUGAAGUUAAAAUGUGGAGCCUGUGGUGCUAUUGGACACAUGAGAACAAACAAGUUCUGCCCACUUUAUUAUCAAACCAAUGCUCCACCAUCCAACCCGGUGGCCAUGACCGAAGAGCAAGAAGAAGAGCUUGAGAAGACUGUUAUUCACAAUGACAAUGAGGAGUUGAUUAAAGUGGAGGGAACAAAGAUCGUGUUAGGCAAACAGUUGAUUGAAAGCGCCGAUGAAGUCCGAAGGAAAUCUUUGGUGCUGAAAUUCCCCAAACAGCAGCUACCUCAGAAGAAGAAACGUAGAGUUGGAAGCACAGUGCAUUGCGAUUAUCUAAAUCGUCCCCACAAGUCAAUUCAUCGCAGAAGGACAGAUCCCAUGGUCACUCUGUCUUCCGUUCUUGAGUCAAUAAUAAAUGACAUGAGAGAUAUGUCCAAUAGCUACCCGUUUCAUAGUCCUGUGAAUGCAAAGGUUGUAAAAGAUUAUUACAAAAUCGUAACAAAUCCCAUGGAUCUUCAGACUUUACGGGAGAAUGUGCGAAAAAGAAUGUACCCAUCCCGGGAGGAGUUCCGUGAGCAGGUGGAGCUCAUUGUGAAGAACAGUAUUCUUUACAACGGACCAAAGCAUUCUCUGACCCAGAUAUCUCAAGUCAUGUUGGACUUGUGCGAUGAAAAGCUGAAAGAGAAAGAGGAUAAGCUGGCAAGACUUGAGAAAGCCAUUAACCCUCUGCUGGAUGACGACGAUCAAGUUGCCUUCUCCUUCAUCUUGGACAACAUCGUUACUCAGAAGAUGAUGGCAGUGCCAGAUUCAUGGCCGUUUCAUCACCCUGUCAACAAGAAGUUUGUCCCAGAUUAUUAUAAAGUUAUUAUCAAUCCAAUGGAUCUGGAGACAAUACGGCAGAAUAUUUCUAAACACAAAUACCAAAAUCGUGAACACUUCCUUUCUGAUGUGAACCUUAUUUGUAUGAACAGUGUGCGAUACAAUGGCCAAGACAGUCAGUACAGUAAAACGGCCCAGGAUAUUGUCAACAUUUGUGUACAGACUUUAGCUGAGUAUGACGAGCACCUGACACAGCUAGAAAAAGACAUCUCAACAGCGAAGGAGGCCGCCUUGGAGGAGGCAGAUCUGGAGAGCUUAGAUCCAAUGACUCCUGGGCCCUACACACCUCAGCCUCCUGACUACUAUGAUACAAACACCUCACUUAGCAUGUCUCGUGAUGCCUCUAUGUAUCAGGAUGAGAGCAACUUAUCAGCAACAGAAACUGCAACAGCCUCGCUGGGGAAAAGGAGCCUGAUGCGGUUAGGAAGGGUCCGCUUCGGAGAUGACGACUCCGAUGUUGACAUAGAAGGAUUUGAAGAAGAAGAAGACGAUGAUGGAAAACCUAAAACACCAGCACCUGAGGUUGAAGAUGCUGAUGGUGAGCUUGCUGAAGAAGAUGAGAAUUCCGUGCAGCAGCCUCAGGCGAGUGUCCUCUAUGAGGAUUUGUUAAUGUCUGAUGGAGAAGAUGAUGAUGACGGCAGUGACGAAGAGGGAGAUAAUCCAUUUUCCUCGAUCCAGCUCAGUGAGAGUGGCAGCGACUCAGACAUUGAGUCUGGUGGGAUCAGGCCUAAGCAGCCUCACAUGAUGCAGGAGAAUACCAGGAUGGGAAUGGAAAAUGAAGAAAGUAUGAUGUCCUACGGGGAAGGAGUGGAUACAUCCCACGUUAUGGAGGACAGUAACAUUAGUUAUGAAAGUUAUGAGGAACCAGACCCCAAAUCCAAUACUAGAGACACAAGCUUUAGCAGUAUUGGAGGAUUUGAGCUGUCAGAAGAAGAGGAGGAUGAGGAAGAAGCCCGUCAUGGACCCAGUGUUCUUAGCCAGGUGCAGUUAUCUGAAGAUGAAGACGACAGUGAGGAAUUCCGUUCAAUCGGAGGGGACAGUGACCUUGACUCUGAUAAUGAGUAACAUCAAGAAUAAUCAGUACCACAUUAAAUAUACUCUUCUUAUAAAAGAGCAAAUAGAUGUUGCUGGGCAUAUGUGAUUGGUGUGGUACAAGUGUGUCCAGCUUCAAAACAAAAAUCAAUUCUGUUAUUUAAUUGGAAUUCAAAGCUGUACCCGAGAUGAUCUAGCAGAUCUGAGCCAAGAAUGUGUUUCUUUCUUGAGAUCUUAUAAGGAACAUAUGUGUCUGCAUCUCAUUUCUAAAUUAUUAGCAAAUACUUUUUGUUCAUGAAUUAACCCCCCUUUAUUACUCGGACAUAUUUUCAUUAAUUGUGAUCAGUAUUUAAAUUGCACCUUAAAGAAUGUGCAGAAGUAUAAUGUACAUACAGUAUGAGCUGCCUAUGUCAUGAUCUUACCUGUGAGAUUUUAAAGCUUUCCUUUGGCACAUCUUGUUUUGCAUUUUGCUCUCAGUGUGAGAGUCAAUCCAUUAAGUAUACGUUUCAAAUUUGUCUCCCGGAGACAAAAGCUCAUAUACUUUAUUUAAAAGUUUCUGUAUCAGAACUUUGGUCCUCACAAGGUAUCAUCACUUCAAUGUACACUUGUAAAGAUAUUUAGCUGUAUAUAUGUGCUUAAUUUUGCUGGAGAGUAUCGAGCGAGAGAAACAUUAUUCCUGUAUGGUGCCUGUUUAUUAUAAAAAUAAAUGUUAAAAACUUUUAUGAUGCA